AUGGCUGCGGGACAAAUCAGAUCCUGGGAAAACCAGAGCACAGUGAAUGAGUUCAUCUUACUGGGAUAUCAAGAGUAUCCUGCUGUCCUCCUCACAGCCUUCCUAGCCAUAUAUAUGACCAUUAUGCUGGGCAAUAGUCUCAUUGUAGUGGUGACAACAUGGGACCCUGCCUUGCAGACCCCCAUGUACUUCUUCCUCCGCAGCCUCUCAGCAUUGGAAAUGUGUUACACUUCAGUCACCCUUCCUAAGAUGAUGGCCAAUUUAGCCUCAGGGGACCUCUCCAUCUCACUAUCAGCCUGUGCAUCACAGAUGUUCUUCCUUCUCUUCUUAGGUGCGACAGAAUGCUUUCUGUUGGCAGUCAUGGCUUAUGACCGCUAUCUCGCCAUUUGUCUCCCUCUUCACUACAUGACAACUAUGAGUCAGAAGGUGCAGGUGGGGCUUGUGGCCAGUUCAUUUGCCAUCAGUCUCCCGAUGCAGCUGAUCCAGAUUGGACUCAUCUUCUCUUUGCCUUUCUGUGGACCCAAUGAGAUUGACCACUUUUUCUGUGACAUCCCACCAGUACUUAGCCUGGCAUGUGCUGAUUUGUAUGUCAAUGAGUUGGCUGUGUAUACUGAGAACAUCCUCUUUGUCAUAAUCCCCUUUGGACUUAUCUUGGCCUCUUACAUCCAUAUCACCAAGACCAUCUUGUGUAUACCUUCAGCCACAGGGCGGCAGAAGGCCUUUUCAACUUGCUCAUCCCAUAUCACUGUAGUGAUUCUCUUCUAUGGCUCUGCAAUGCUUGUCUACCUGCAGCCCAAAUCUCCUGGUUCAGCAAAAGUUAACAAGUGGCUUUCUCUAUUCUACACAGUCAUCAUUCCCCUUUGCAACCCCCUGAUCUAUACUCUAAGGAAUCGUGAGGCAAAAGCUGCCCUUAGGAGACUAUUGGGAAAGGCGUUUUGA